AUGGUCAUACAAGACAUCUCAAAACUUACGCAACGCACCACAAUGCCGGGCCGUGUUGACCCCAUCCAUCAAUCCAUCCUAACCCUCGCCACAAUCUUCAACAGCGGUACUGGCAUUGGCAUUGACACUGGCAUAAACGUAGAGAUCCGAGCAUUUUCCUCACCGCAGAGACGGGAAGAAAAAACUCUUGACAUUCAACGGGUAUCGUCGGGACCCCUCGAGACAAAACCCUCGAUAUGUGGUGCUGUUAUAGCUAAACGGCCGUCCGAGAACACUCGGAGAAUAUGGGCUGGUAGUCUAGAGAAGUAUGGGGGGUCGAGGACACGGACGUUUUUGUUACCGCCCCCUCUAGGCCGCCAAACACAACAACAACGGUCCGUCCAGAACCCUAGCAAGUUGCAACAAACUUUCGGUUGA